AUGGCCCACAGAUACAAUCUCCGCCCCAGGCCUGUCAAAAAAGCCGACAAGAAUGACGAAACCAUGAACCCCAUAGUCAGUGUUGAACCUUCUGGGUAUGAACGCCUAGUAGCCCAGAUCUGCCCUAAAUACCUCACCAGAGACGAGGCCAACGAGAUACGCGAGGAAUUCAACAAAGUGUGGGUAGAGGAUAAACAACUCCUUUGGAGUGGCACCAAUUACCAUGUAACCAAGAUCUGGGCUGCACAGCAAGGCCUUCAGACUCUAACCGAUGCGAUGGGCCCUCUGAUGUGUGAGGGAAACGAUAAGUGCCGAAAGACAAGAAGCUCUCGAACCUGGAGUCAGUACAUGAGGGGGGCCUCGGCAUUAUUUGCGUGGCGCAUAUCGCAAGGCCGAGUUGCCACUGUGUUGACACCUCCGCCCCCACAUCGAUUUCACCCUUCGGGAAUGACAAACUAUCAAGACGUUGAAGAGCCGAUCCUCAAGGGCGUCCUCGGCAUAUCAGUGGGCAAGAUCAUGAUGAUUCAUCCUGAGGUUCCGGGCGCUGAAAAGUUCGUCUACGAAGCGUGGCCUGUUGACCAUUGCGCGACGUGGAUGAUCAAAUUCGGUGAAUUUCCUAACAGAGACUGGAGAAUCGCGUGA